AUGCCCUCAUCAGCGGCUCCAGGCAGGGCGGCCAACGAUGUUGGUUCCCUACGCUCUACCAUUGAGACUGCAGACACGGUCGUCAGCCAGUCCAUAAACAUCCUGGACGGUCUCUCAACCGGGACAAUGGAAGACAGGCCCGAGCUCGACGUUGUCGCCCUGGCAAGAGACUCGGCAGCCCUUAUACGCGCGCACACCACCAAAAUAUCUCUGCUCAUAAUAAACGAGCCAUUCACAUCCAGUGCGAUAUCAAAAAUUCUACGCGAACUCAUAGGAGGUCCAGUGCCAUCUCUGGUAUCGGCAGCACAGCUCUGCGUCCCUAGCCGCUACACAGGCCCUUUCCGGGAUAUUCUGGUCACUGCAUGUCGCAGUUUGUUACAUGCGCUCCGAGAUCUCGUCCAGAUCAUACCAACCAACGGGAAGGCCUUGUCCGACAGUGUGGUAAAUGGUACGAACCCAAAAGGGCACAGCCUACAAGUCACGGGCAUUGUGUGGAAUCGUUGCGACGAGGUCAAGCGGCUGGCGGACAAGGGCAUCGCGGGUUGUCUAGUCGAAAAAGUGGAGAGGUAUCGCGACGAACUGAAGGACGUCAUGGAGGAGUUGAAGGAAUGGGGUGAGGAAACUGGCGACAGUGACGAAGAUGACGAUACGAGCGAUUUCGACGGCCCGGAGAACAAGCUCACGGUUGCUCAGGAUAUGCUUGACGACCUUAUGAACUCUCACAGUACAAUACCGGCCGACGACCCUGACAAAAUAAGAGAGAGGCUGGAAUCAUGUUUACGGCGGCUUCGCCUGAUGACGUUAUUAUACCAGGCCAUCAAUAAAAGGAGAAUCAAGACGUUGCCAAGGCUACCGACUUCGACACCAUGUUUGGAUCUUAACAGGGUCGGGGAUACCUUUCGCAUCCUCGCUGGGAUGAUCGAUGGCCUUUGUGAUCUUGCAGAUGCUUUCUAUGGUUUGGAUAAAGAAAGGAUUGAUAUCGAAAUGAAGGAAAAGUUUGGUGAGGCCUCCAAAGUUGCAGAAAUACUUAGAAAACCAUGGGGAGAGGCGGAAACGGACGAGUUUACGGACUGGGCGAAAAAGUUUCAGGAGCAAAUAACCAAGUUAUGA